AUGAACGUGAAUACAACGUCUUCUACAGACUCACUCGAAAAACUUUAUGCUGAAAUAGCACAAAAGACAGCUGAAGCAAUAGCUGCUGCAGGACUACCAUCAUCUGAUAAUAAUGGAUUAUCUAUCAAACAUUCUCUUCCACAAUUACCACUUUAUGAACCACCACCGCCCCCUU